AGAAAAAGAGGGUGGCGCAUGCGCGUUAUGCCGACGCCAUCUCUAAACUACUGUGCAUAAUACUUGUUGAAAGAUUUCUUUUAUCUAAUCCAAACUUAGUUUUAUUAUUUUGUUGUUAAAAGUGUUAAUUAUGGAAUUGUUUUACAAUCAAUGAGUUUAAGUGUUUGUUAGUUGUGAAUGACGUUAGUGGACUGAGCUCUCCAUCUACGGUUGUCGGAAUCUUGCGGAAGUUUCUUAGAGCAACGCAUAUUUUUUUACGGUUGCUUCCCCGCAAUCGCAACGGAUACGCAGAUAUUGCAGGAAGGUUUAGCGGCUAAAUUGUUACUGUGUGAACGUCUGAAAAAAGCGUCAAGUGUUGUCGUCGUUUGAUAUGAAUUCUGCUUUAAAGCCGGUGCUGCCCCAGCCGGGGGUCCCGCAGCCGGGCGGUCAGGCGAGCCCUGCGAAGGCCAACGUGGCCAGCGCCAACCACGCCGUCGCUCUCCCACAAGGUGCUCAAAACUCUCUUCACCACGGAUCAAAUAAUCUUGUCGGACAAAAUCUCACGCAUCACGUGAAUGCUCCACCGGUUCCGCCUCACGCUGUACCUUCCAUGGCGCCGGUGACGGCGAAUAUGGCACAGAUGGCUCAAAAUAUGAGUCACCAUGGAAACCUAUCACACGUCACGCAAAACUCUGUCCCGCCACCGAGUCCCAGCAAACCUGUGUCUACCAGUGCACCACUAAGCUUAGUACAGGAGAAGGCAAAUACCUCUCAGCCUCUUGCUUUAACAAGAACACCAGAAAAAAAGGAACCAGAUUCCAGCAGCCAUGCAAAUGGCACAAUAGAUUCUUUAAAAGCAGGAACAAAUGCACCAACAACACUAAAGGCACAAAAUCCUGAAUCUAACAAAGAUAAACAAGAUAUCGCUAAGACAUCACCAAGUACACCAAAGCCGCCUGAAAAAUCACCUGAAAAACCAUCAAGUACUCAGUGUACACCUCAAAAGGACAACCCAAACCUGCUUAAUCAAACCGACAGUCCUGCUCAACCAAAAGUUGCUACUGCCAAUGAAGCACCAGAGAAAUCUCCUACUAAACCAACAGAGCUCAAACCAACAACACCAGCAGAUGUUGCACCCACACAAAGUGACAACAAACCAGUACUAGAAACAGCCAAUAGCAGCCAAGAGAAAGUGUCUCCUACACCUCAGGAACCAGAAUCUGUUCCGGACAGCCCAAAACCAGAUUCUCCAUCGAAACCAGAAGAAAAGAAAGAGGAACCAAGUGAAAAACCUCCACAAGCAGAAGAGAAUAAAGAUGUCAAAGACACAUCAGAACCUCCAAAAGAAGAUGAGACAGACAAAGUUAAACCAGAGGAGAAGGUAGAAGAGAAGAAAGUUGAAGCUAAAAGCACAAAGCCUGAAGUAAAAGCAACUCCGAAGUCAACAAUGAAGUUAGCAACAGUCACUCCUCCAUUGAGGAAGCGAAGACAACUUUCUCCAACUAAAACUGAUGGAGUCACACCUGCCAAGAAGUUAUCAGAUGUCGAGACCACACCUGAUACGAGAAUCAAGAGGAAUAGAACCAAGGUUCAACUGUACCAAUCCCCAACACCAGAGAUUGCAAUGGCCACGAAACUCUCAGCAUCAGCCGGCCGCUCUACGCCCACUAAGCCUAAUGAUGAUAAGCUUAUUGUAUUUUACAAGAAUGAGUACCUUGCGGUACGUAAUGCGGAGGGUGGGUUCUACGUGUGCCAAGCUGUGCAGAACGUGUACCGCACCACGCGGAAGAUCAAGAUACGCUGGCUCUCGCAGGAUAAGACAGAUCCUUCCGGAGAGACGUACAAGCCUGACUUCUAUGACGUCACAGACAUGGAAUGUGUACUUACAACACUGUCGUUAUCCCGAGCCCCGGGGGGUGGCGGAGCGCAGUUAUUAAAGGCUACGGAGGAGGCGAGGGCGAAGUCCAUCCUGGAGCGCGCCAUCAAAGCUGAACAGAGUGGGGCCAACAAUCUGGAACUGACAGAAGAACACCCAGAUGGAUUUGUGUUCGCAGUGGACCUGUCGCUGUACACGGACGAGUCGCAGUUGGAGAAGGCGCGCAAGCGGCGCAGCUCCAAGUCCUCGCGCGGCCUCACCGACACCGACACCGCGGAAGAAGAAACGCCAAUAAAGAAAUCACGAACGACACCGAAGCGUAGCAUGAAGAAAUCGAAGCGUACAAGUGGUAAGCGGAAAGCGAGUAGCUCUCCCGCUACCGCUGCUGCCCCCGUCCCCGCCCCCGCCCCCGCCGUCGCCGUCGCCGCUAGCAAGGUAGGCAUUGUGCGACGGAUAUAUAGACAUACAGCGACUGCGGUGACGGAGAAGACGAAGGCAAAAGUGACGCCGGCGAAGCGCACACCCGUCAAGCCAGUCAAACCUGACACGCCAGUCACGCCCGCGCGCAAACCACGGAGGACUGGCAAAGAUAGCAAACCAUCUCCGAUAGUGCCCACUCCGUCUACGUCGACAGGCAAGACCACACGUACGCCGAGAAAGCCGCCCGCAAAGAAAUAAUAUUAAAUAUAACAUGUGAGUGCAUUGUGAACUGACACCCGAGUGGCAUCAAUAUACUAUAUAUUUAUUUGACUUUACUCGCCAUUGUUUCUAAUUUUUAUCAAUAAACACGUACAAGUAAGGGUUCAUAGUAUGUACAGAAAACGAAUGCAGAAAACUUUUUAUAUUUGGCAGAAUUUGUCAAUUUUUUCUUUUUUUUUUACUGUGAACUCUUAUUUUUACAUCAAAGUACACUUAGGCCAUAUUUUGCACAAUUUUCAAGAAAUAUAUCAUUGUAUUGUAUAAGGUUUUGCGAUUUACCUCACAGCAAUAAUUGAAUCGGUGAGUUCUUGUGUUCAAUAAAGAAAUAGAUUCAAGUAAAACUGUUAACGAGAAUUGAGUAGUCUCUAACUGUUUCAUAUUUUUUAUUAAUAGCAGGUUUUCUUGUAAAUAUUUGAACCACAAAACGUUAGCAUGUUUAUUUCACUGUUUUAAAAGGAGUAACUCUAUUUAUUAACUUUUGGGCUUGGGAUAUUCAGUUUUUAGAUUUUGGGAUAAAAUAUACAAAUUUUGAUAUAAUAAAAUUAUAUAUGUUUAAAAUGUUAAGCAAAUAUUUUAUUUAUGUAAAUAACUUGCUUAUGUAAUUGAGGAAAAAAACAAAUUAAGCAAUAUAUUUGUAACAAUGUUACAAUAACAAAUAAAUAGGGUUAUUCCUAAAUAGUGAGUCUAAUGGUUAUAUAUUAUAUAUUAUGAGGUAUUUUUGACCUCGAAAUAGUUUUAAGUUAAGUAUAAGAUUUAGUAAGUAAACGAAAUCUAAUUUUUUUUCUACAAUAUUCAAUUUAUUGUAUAUUAGUACAAAAGUGGUAUCUUACUAUAGUUGAAAUGACUUAAAAAAAUUGUCUUUUGUAUGUGAAUAUUUGUCGAGUGGGAUUUAAUUAACUUUCUUAAAUGUAGUGAUUUUCUGAGAUAUUUCCUCAUAUCUGGACCAAAAGGCGGAAUGUUAAAAAUUUAAUCUCUCGAUAUAUGUGUUUCAAUUGUGAAUCAUGUUUUUUUUUCAAAUUUUCCACUACAUCUGCUGUAUGGAAUAGAUUACACAUAAAAUAACAAAUUUUAUUAACAAGUUAUCAGAAUGCCUAGUCCAAUAUAUUCAAUUUUAAAGUAAUAAAGGUCGAACUUGUCCGAUCAAAAAUUAGGUAAAUCGAAACUUAUAAGUAACUGACAAAAAUAAUUGUUAAAAUCAACAAAAGGUCGAUGUUAAAAUGUAUUGGUUUUAUUUGAUUUUGUGAUUUUUCAGCACAAUGUAGUUAUUGUAAUCGCCUCUGGAAGGCAAUCAGAAGGUAAAACGCAAUUUUCGACACUGCCAUAAUACGUAAUUUUUUACACUUACGUAUAAAGGAGUUAUAAAGAUCAUAUAAAGAUCAAUAUUUUAGAAAAUUAUGCACCGAUUUGUGGGCAAGAAAAACAAUUUUGCCCUCUAGUACAGUUAUAUUCAAAUAUCUUAUCGGCUCGAACUUUCCAUGAAUAUGGUGACCAAGCUGCCAAGAUAUUUGACAAGAACUAUAACUGGUCGGACAUAAAGGAACUAGGUAAUGUUGAAUCAAAUAUAAGUUAGGCUCAGUUGAGCCUUUUAAUUGUAUAUUUCAACUUAAAUCGAAAUCGAUAAUUUUAUCGGGUUUAUUGACAUUUUUAUAAGUUUCUCUACAUUGUGACAAACUUUUUUUUGUUAUGUUUUUUUUACAUUACGAGUGGGCAUGUGCCUCAAUGUAUGGAUGUGUGUUGUAGCGGUUUUAAAUACCUAAGGUAAUAUUAAUUAGGUAUACAUUUAAAGUGUUAUAAGUAUAGAGUAAAUUAUUUGUGUGUGUUUCUGUUUCGCGGCGAGGGUGAACGCCGCGUGCUCGUACAAUACAUGUAAAACAUAGUUAAGCGUUUUAUACAAAAUAUCAUUCGAGAGUACUAUUGUAACAGAAAGUCCACAAAUUUAUAUGCAAUUCAAAAUUAAAUAUAAAUAAUUUAAGACA